AUAAAUGAGCCCGCUUUUGCACAUCACUAAGUCACAAGCGUGGAGCGCCCGUCUCCCCCCACUCCACCCUCAGCCAACACCUGUGAUUUGCGCACACAUUUUGUGUUAGUUAUUUAAAAAGCAAUAUUUACAACGCGAUAAACUUGACAAUCGACGACCAAUGUGCAGUGGAAUUUGCAGAACAUGGAGUCCAAAUAUUUGAUCAAUAGCAAUGGCUCCGCUGGCAUCUCAAGUGCAUUUGCCGUCAAGCGCAAACUGGAGCCGAUGAAGGAGCAGAAUGCCAUAAAGAAACCGACCAACAACAAUUUCAAUCAGCAGCAAAAACCGAAUCUUUACAAGAAUGUUUUGGCUGCCAACAGCAACAAGAGGAGCAGCAUUGAUCAGGAGCGACGGUCGCUGCCCGUCUACAAUUGCCGGCAGCGCAUACUCAAGGAGCUGGAGGCGAACGACACCCUGCUAAUCAUGGGCGAAACGGGCAGUGGCAAAACGACCCAAAUACCCCAAUUUCUGUUGCAGGCCGGCUAUGCGAACGGUGGCAUCAUUGGCAUCACACAGCCACGUCGCGUGGCAGCCAUCACCAUAGCGAAGCGUGUCGCCCAGGAGCUGGCGACGGGCAUUGGCGAGACGGUCGGCUACACGGUCCGCUUCGAGGAUGCCACAACGGAACGGACACGCAUCCGCUACAUGACCGAUGGCAUCCUGUUGCGCGAAGCGAUUGGGGAUCGCCUGCUGCGCAAAUACUCGGCGAUAAUGCUGGACGAGGCACACGAGCGGACGGUGAACGCGGAUGUGCUGUUUGGCAUUGUGAAGCAGGCGCAGCUGGAACGCGCCAAACAGCGACUGCCCAAGCUGAAGAUCAUCAUCACCUCAGCGACGAUGGACAUUGAUCAUUUCGGGCAGUAUUUUGGGGUGCGCGGCAUGUACCUGGAGGGACGCACGCAUCCGGUGCGUGUGCUGCACGCGAAGGACAGCCAGGAGGAUUACAUACACGCUGCACUCGUCACCCUCUUCGAUAUACAUCGCCACGAGCCGAUCAAUCACGAUGUGCUGAUCUUUCUCACCGGCCAGGAGGAGAUCGAGGCGCUGGCUCAGCAAAUACGCCAGCUGGCGAGGAUCAACAAUACGGGUCCCUCGGAUGUGCGCGUCUUCACCUUGUACGCCCAGCUGGCGCAGGGCAAGCAGCUCGAGUGCUUUCUGCCCGUUCCCGCGAAUACACGCAAAAUUGUGUUGGCCACGAAUAUAGCGGAGACAUCGAUUACGAUACCGGGCAUCCGGUGUGUCAUCGAUUGCGGCUAUGUCAAGGAGAAGUCCUUCAAUCCCGGCACCGGCUUGGAGUUGCUGAAAACGGUGCGCAUCUCGCAGGCGCAGGCCUGGCAGCGUUGUGGUCGCGCCGGACGAGAUGCGCCCGGGAAAUGUUAUCGCACCUAUUCGAAGGCGAGCAUGGAACAGUUUCGCAGCACCUCGCUGCCGGAAAUCCUGCGCAGCAAUUUGACCUCGACCGUGUUGCAGCUGCUCGCGUUGGGCAUCGAUUGCAGCAAUUUUGAUUUCAUCGAUGCGCCGCCGCCGGAGGGCAUCAGCAGUGCCCACCGAGCGCUGGAGCAACUGGGCGCCAUCAAGCCUGCGCCAUUGGUCAUCACAACAACGGGCCGUUGGAUGGCCCAGUUUCCGCUUGAUCCCCGCUAUGCCAAGCUGCUGCUGUCGGCGCCCAGCUUUGGCUGCAUGGAGGAGAUGCUCAGCCUGGUGGCGGCGCUGUCCAGCGACAAUGUCUUCAUUGGGCACACGGACAAGAGCGAACUGGCCGCCUUGGCGCAUGCCAAGUUUCAGUCCAAGCACGGCGAUCAUCUGACGCUGCUCAACGUUUUCAGCACCUUUCAGAAGACGGAGAAGCCGAAGAUUUGGUGCCACGACAACUUCCUCAACAUCAGGAAUCUAACCUAUGCCCGCAAUGUGCGCAAUCAGCUGGCCGAGAUCAGUGGGCGACUCAAUUUGGCCAUCAAUAGCUGCGGCGGCGACAAUGUGGACGCGGUCAAGAAGUGCCUGCUGACGGGUCUCUUCGAGAACAUCGCCCUGCUGCAGAAGGAGGGACACUAUCUGACCGUCAGUGGCCGUGUCAAGGCCAAAAUCCAUCCAUCCAGCGUGCUCCAUGGCAAAUACAAGCCGCAGUGCAUCCUCUUCACGGAAAUGGUCCAAACGGAGCACAAUUUCCUCCGUCAGGUCACCGAAAUCAGCAGCGAAUGGGUCGAGGAGGUGCUGCCCGCCAUGAAAUCGUUUCCCAAAUAAAGUCAAACAUUUUCUAUUUACUUUCUAUCAUUUGAA